AUGCCCGCGAAUGCAGGGAUGCAAAGCGACCCCAUCGUUGACACUCCCUGGCAGUUUCGGAUGUUGGGAGAGACGCAUUGCGCCAACGUCCCCGAUGCGAUAGGGGACUACGCCCCGGAAUCUAAUUCCGAAAGGCCGCGCGCGAUGCAUGCUCCGGGGACGUGCUGGGGAUUCGGUCGUGUGUUAGCGAUGGGCUGGUUGAGAGGGAAGAGAGUAUAUAAGAAGGACAGGCAAGAACUCGAUGUAAUUCCCAUUCUAAACCAACACUUUUCCUACAAAUCUACAACACAACACAACCCAACACCACCACCACCACCACCACCACCAAAGAAAAUGCCAAACCUCCUCGUCAUCUUCGGCAUAACCGGCCACCAAGGCACCUCGCUCGCCACAAAAAUCCACACCCACCCCACCCUCUCCAAACAAUACACCCUCCGCGGCCUGACCCGCGACCCAACCCAGCCCCGCGCCGCCGCCCUCUCCGCCCUCGGCAUCCCCCUCUUCACCACCGACCCCACCUCCCCAUCCUCCCUCGCCGCCGCCCUCGAAGGCGCCCACACAGUCUUCAUCAUGACAUCCACGUCCUACGCCCCAGGCGGACAUGCCGCCGAGCGCACGCUGGCCCUGCGCAUCGUAGACGCGUGUGUUGCUGCGGGCGCACGGUUCCUCGUGUGGAGCGGGGUGCCGAGUCCGGCGGAGGUGUCGGGUGGGGCGGUGAGUGUGGAGGCGUGGGAGGUCAAGGCUGAUGUGGGGCGGUAUAUACGUGGGCUGGAGAAGGAGGGGAAGGGGGUGCGCAGCGGGGUGUAUGCGCCCGGGUAUUAUAUGCAGAAUAUGGGUGGGUAUGAGGCGGUGCGGGAGCGGGAGGGGGAUGGGGUGUUGGUGGUUAGGGGGUAUAUUUGUGCGGAGACGAGGGUGCCGAUGGUGGAUGUGGCGGGGGAUACGGGGGAGUUUGUGGGGGCGAUGUUGGAGGUGUGGGCUGCGGGGGGGUGGUGGAGUGUUGCGGAGCGGGUGGAGGUUAUGGGGAGGGUGCUUGGGCGGGAGGUUGUGUAUGAGCGGGUGGGUCGGGAGGAGUGGUUGGCGGGGGUGCCGGGGGAGGUUGCGCGGGAGGGGAUGGGGAAUAUGUAUGAUUAUAUUGAGCGGUAUGGGUAUUUUGGGCCGGAUGGGGAGGAGCUGGUGAGGGAGAGUGCGAAGCUUGUUAAGGGGAAACUUACGUCGUUGGAGGAGUAUCUUGUUAGGGAGCCUUUGAAGGUGUAG